AUGGCUCUUCCAGACUCGUCCAAAGAGGACACCAACAAAGGCUUGGGCAAGAAGAUCAAUGCUUCCACUCGGCUAGUACAUCGGACGCUUAAUAAGCUUAUACUGGAUCGACUACCAUUGGCGCUUCCACCCAGAGCGCAAAAUCCAUCACUAUACACUUCGGGCAUACUGCAUAUAGCAUCCAUUUACAUUGCCUUUGAGUCACUAUGGCGGCAAACACUCGACACUCAAAGGCUAGACAAUGAUAAGCCAGACGACCUGUUCUGGACCAGGAUGAUUCCGCUUGGAAGGAUAAGCCCCAAGCAACCCACCUUCCCCUGGCCGUUUUCCACAAGGACCAAGUCCAACAAGAGGACUCGGGAGCUUCUGGCCGAUAUGCACGAUUCCAAGCUGGAACGGACGCCGCGGCUGGUGGCAGACAUCCGCGCUCUAACCGGCUGGUCCAGGGACGAAGUGACCGCCGAGGUACGCGCCAUCACGACGGGCGAUGGUGCACUUGGGCGCAUGGUCAGACACAUGAACGAGUCGAUUUGUGAAAACCCGCACGUCUUGCUCGCUUACGGAUGGGUCAUGUACAUGGCCCUUUUCUCUGGCGGGCGGUUCAUGCGCGCGACUCUCGAAAACGCCGUCGGUGACCCAGACCUACCGUUUUGGGCGGCAAACCCAGGACGAAUAGCUCCAGGCCAACGACAGUCCGUCUCGGGACGAACCGCCCUGGAAGAUCCAGGAUUCGCAGUUCACGAUGGCGAACACCCCUCGUGUGUCCGCUUCCUCGAGGGUGAUGGCGCGCACAGGCUGCCUCUUGAUUUUCUACACUUUUCAACGGAGCGCGACGGCGAGGAUCUCAAAGAAGCGUUCAAGAGCCGCAUAGAGACAGCAGAGGCUUCACUCACACCGGCUAGACUGGAUGACGUGGUGCGGGAAGCCAUGUGCAUCUUUGAAUCCCUAAUUCAUAUCAUCGAAGACCUCGAUAGGAUAUGCGGCACACCAGCGGCGACAGGAAUGCAGCCGGGUCUGAAGGCAAAGAACGACCUGGGAAUCUGGCCCGAAGCUGCGAGACUUGGCCUGUUGCCCAACACCACGAGCGGCCAUUUCGUCGGUGGCGGCGGCGUUCACAGCGUUUGCGCAGACGUCAAUGCAGGCAAGGAGAUGAACUCCCAGCCCAACUUCAGCAAGUCUUGGUCCGAGAUCUUGGCGUCUGGCCGGCUCAGGGACAGCAUCGCAGUAUCCAAGGAGCGUUCGGCCAAGGCCACGUUGAAGCGAAAGGCGGCGACCAUUGGCGUUGGCAAGAAAGCCAGGAAACAGGACCGGGAUGCCGCCUAA